AAUUGCGCCUAAUUUGGUGUUUUUCGUCUUUGGUUUGACCAGUCUGUACUUAGACCUUUUAGAUUUCAGCUUUGUUAUGUAUCAUAUCUAUUACCUUAACUUACAGAAAGACGUUUCCUUGUCGCUUUUCAUCCUUCAGGUGGCUUUCAGGCUUUUAGAAUGGCUUUAACUGCUACGAAAUUGGUUUCAAUUACCAACUUAUGAGUUUUCUACUCUUUCAGUUUACCAAAUAAAUUUACGGAAUGCAAAUUAUGUGUAUGAUGGGACCUUGUAGGUACGGGUGAAAAAUCAGUACACCCAGUGGUUUGUUCGAUUUCUCUUUGAAAUGUCUGGUUGUAAUUUGUUUCUCGAGAAAGAUCUUUGGAGUCACUAAAUAAGAUACCCUAUGAACCGGAAAAUUGAUUUUAAGUGUCAUUUCUGAAAACUGGUCCUCGCAAAAUAUAUCCGGUCUUGUUAUUGUCGUUGGUGGAGUGUGUUGUUUCAUUAUAGGGACAACAACAACACCGUAUUUGUUGCUUUCAUGAAUAAAUCCCCAGCUUUCGUAUAUCUGUAGGUCAUUUGGCUUCUUUUAAUAAGCAGCUGAAAAUCGUUGAGGAAAAUCUUGGAGGUGGUAACAUUUUAGAUGCCAGUAGAGAUACUUAAAAACUUAAUUGCAUUAACCAUGAAACGGUAGAACAGUGUGAAAAACUGUUAGCAUUAUUUUAAUAUUGUUAACCUCUGUCAAGUGUCAGAAGCCAAAAGUUAUACAUAACUUUCCAUCAGUAAUGUUGAUUAGGCCGUAAUUUGGUGAUCAUUGACAAAGAUCAUACAUGCUGUGUUGUGCCAAGUGAUUUUUUCGUAUUCUAUGUGGUGAAUCCACUUCUUGACAACUGACUGGAACAUGGGUAUAGAUUUAUAUUAAAAGUGAACUGUUCUUCAACAACGGUGUGUGCCAUCUAUUAACUCCUUUAUCCAACCUGAAAUAUGACUUCGUGAUACUUCUUUUAUGGUACAAAAAUAGUAACCAACAUUUACGGACAUUAUUAUUUGUACUUCAGUCGUCUCAUGAUAAGUGCGCGAGAUAAACUAAUAUCACCCUACAAGCAAGUGAUCAAGUUACAACUAAGUAACUUAGUUUUACAAUACUUUUCUUUCCCUUUCAUUUCAACGUCUUUUUGUUUAUUUUUCCUCUGUCUUUUUAUGAAGUUUGUGAGUUUAAGCUCAUCAACCUUUUAGCUCGAGGUCAUACGUUGUUAUGCCUAUCGAUUCACAUGAAAUGUGUUUUUCCAUUAAACUAUUCAAUUUUUCUUUUACUUUCUGUAUGUACGAAGGAUCAAUGAGAAUGUCGGUCGCACCAGUUCAACAGGGUCCAUUUAUGAAGGAUCAGUUGGUUCAAUUGCGGGCACAGAUUAAUGCUUUCAAGCUACUUUCCAAAUCACAGCCAGUCCCUGAAACAUUAUUACUAGCGGCCGAAGGAAGACAGUUACUCAGUCAUGCACCUAUUGUUAUGAGUGGACCACCUGCACCAAAUGUCCCUGUACAACAAUGGAAUCAAUCUUCUGUAAACUCCAUGCAAAAUUCGCCAUUUGUCGGGUCUCCUCAGUCGUCUGUCGUUCAGAGUGAAUUCCAUCCGGUGAAUCCUGCCCUAGCAAUAUCUCGAGUAAGACCUAAUAUCCAACCCAGUUUAGUGGCUGCACGUAUAGGUCCCCCAGUAGGCUAUCAAUCAUAUACAACCUCAUCUUCAAAUGGAACCUUUCUGCCUGGGGGUACUGGCACAUAUGGAAGGAGUAGACUUACUCCUAUUCAACGACCUCAGGGUUUGGAUCCCGUAGAGCUACUAAAAGAGAGGGAACAGCGUAUCCAGUCUCGCAUUGCGCAGCGUAUCAAAGAACUAAGUAGUCUUUCUGUAUCUAGUACAUCGGAACAAAGAGUAUCAUUAUUGAUUGAACUUCGUGCUUUGCGUCUACUGAAUUUUCAGCGACAACUAAGGCAAGACAUAGUGUCAGCUAUGCGCCGAGACACGAGCCUUGAGACAGCUCUUAAUGUCAAGGCGUACAGAAGGCCGAAAAAACAAACUCUUCGAGAGGCUCGGUUCACGGAAAAGUUGGAGAAACAAAUGAAACAUGAGCAAGAAAAAGGCGUCGUCAAAAACAUCAAGAAUUUCUGAAUGCUGUUCUUAGCCACGGAAAAGAUUUCCGAGAGUUUCAUCGUAAUGUUAACAGCAGAAUGGUGAAAAUAAACAAAGCCGUUCUAAAUUACAAAGCCAAUGCUGAGCGUGACAAAAGAAAAGAACAAGAACGAAUUGAUCGUGAGCGUAUGCGACGUCUUAUGGCUGAAGAUGAGGAAGGUUAUCGCUGUCUUAUUGAUGCGAAAAAAGACCAGAGACUUCAUCACUUACUCACCCAAACAGAUGAAUUUAUUAGUAAUUUGACUAAACUUGUUCGUGAACAUAAACGAGAGCAAAGUAAGCAGCGUUUUAGGGAACGGUCGGAAAGAAGAAAAUUCGCACAGGAAUCAGCUCUGCAAAAUGCUGUUGUAUUCUAUCGAAAAUUGGCUGAUGAUGUCAUUAAAAACGGUGGACAACCCCCGGCCUAUUUUUCUACUCUUCCAUCUACUGAGAAAUUUCCUGAAGAACUUAAUCAAGUGAAUCGUGACUGGUUAUGUGGCAAAAUGUCGUCUUCUAACAUCCAGUUACCUGACGUGCGUAUACCUAUGUAUCAAACAACAACAAAAGAAAUUGUUGAAGGUGAUGCUGCUCCUUUAGCCUCAGAAGUUUGCACUUGGCUACAAGAACACCAGGGCUGGGAGAUUCUUCCAACUGAUACUGACGGGUCAGUAAUACAUGACUUAUUGGAACCAGACGAAGAGUUCAAGCGUAAACGUAAAUUUGAUGACGAUGAUGAUGAUGAUGACAAUAGUAUGGUACAUGUCGGGACGGAAGAUGAUGAAUAUAAUAAACGUGGUGAAUCUGGUGCAAAUGCACCUCAAUCCUAUUAUACUCUUGCUCAUGCUGUACGAGAAGAAGUUAAAGAACAAGCUAGUAUUCUUGUCCAUGGUCGAUUAAAAGAAUAUCAAUUGAGGGGUCUCGAGUGGCUUGUUUCAUUAUAUAACAAUAACCUUAAUGGCAUACUUGCUGACGAGAUGGGUCUGGGCAAAACGAUUCAGACAAUCGCUUUGAUUACGUACCUAAUGGAAAGGAAACGCGUUAAUGGACCGUUCUUGAUUAUUGUACCGCUUUCAGUCAUGUCUAAUUGGGCAAUGGAGUUCGAUCGAUGGGGACCAAGUGUGAAAAAGAUAUUAUAUAAAGGUUCACCUCAAGCUCGUCGACUUCUUCAAACACAAAUAAAAGCAUCAAAAAUCAAUGUACUGUUAACAACCUACGAAUAUAUUAUUAAAGAUAAAUCAGCUCUUUCUAAAGUGAAGUGGAAAUACAUGAUAAUUGAUGAAGGUCAUAGAAUGAAAAAUCACCAUUGUAAAUUGACUCAAGUAUUAAACACAUAUUAUACUGCACCAUAUCGACUUCUACUCACUGGUACACCACUGCAAAAUAAAUUACCUGAAUUAUGGGCUCUACUGAAUUUCUUGUUGCCAACAAUUUUUGAAAGUGUCAAUACAUUUGAACAGUGGUUUAAUGCUCCUUUCGCUGCAACAGGAGAAAAAGUCGAAUUGAACCAGGAAGAAACCCUGCUUAUUAUUCGUCGAUUACACAAAGUAUUACGACCAUUCUUAUUACGUCGUCUCAAACGUGAAGUAGAAUCGCAAUUACCAGAAAAAGUCGAAUAUGUGAUUAAAUGUGAAAUGUCAGAUUUACAAAGAGUUCUUUAUUCACAUAUGCAAUCUAAAGGUGUAAUUUUAACUGAUGGAUCAGAAAAAGAUAAAAAGGGUAAAGGUGGUUGUCGAACUUUAAUGAAUACAAUUAUGCAGCUUAGAAAGAUUUGCAACCAUCCAUUUAUGUUUCCACACAUCGAAAUGGCUAUAGCUGAACAAAACUUCCUAAAUGUACACAAUGGUAACCCCCCACCAACUUUACCAGUACCAACACAAGUUGAAGGUAAAAUAUUAUAUCGUUCUUCUGGAAAAUUCGAGUUACUGGAUAGAAUUCUGCCCAAAUUAAAAUGUUGUGGACAUCGUGUGUUAAUAUUUUGUCAAAUGACAAGUUUAAUGACAAUUAUGCAGGACUACUUUGAUUACCGAAAUUUUCGUUAUCUACGUCUUGAUGGAACUACUCGUUCAGAAGAUCGUGGAGAAUUACUAGUGAAAUUUAAUGAUACUUCCGAGGAUAUAUUUAUUUUCUUACUUUCAACUCGUGCUGGCGGCCUAGGUCUUAAUCUCCAAGCUGCCGAUACAGUGAUUAUAUUUGAUUCAGAUUGGAAUCCUCAUCAAGAUUUACAAGCACAGGAUCGUGCUCAUCGUAUUGGUCAACAAAACGAGGUUCGAGUUCUGCGUUUAAUCUCAAUAAAUUCAGUUGAAGAAAAAAUCUUAGCAGCAGCGCGUUUCAAAUUGGACGUGGAUCAAAAAGUUAUCCAGGCCGGUAUGUUUGAUCAAAAGUCUACUGGUACAGAACGACGUCAGUUUUUACAAGCGUUACUUGAACAAGAUGAAGAAGCCGAUGAAGAAGAAGAUGAAGCACCUGAUGAUGAAACUAUUAAUCAGAUGUUAGCCCGAAAUGAAGAAGAAUUCGAAAUCUACCAAAGGUUAGAUGCCGAACGCCAAUUUGCUGAAAGUCAACAGGCCAAACGGGAACCACGUCUAAUGGAGUUUUCAGAAUUGCCAAAGUGGAUUGUACGAGAUGACAUCGAGCUUGAACGAAGUCUUUCAUUAGAGGAUAAUGUUUUUGGAAUGAAACGUCAGCGUAAAGAAGUGGAUUAUUCAGAUGCACUCACUGAGCGUCAGUUUCUUAAAGCAAUCGAUGAGGGUAGCUUAGAAGAAGCUGAAGAACGUCAGCGUCAAAAACGAGCAGCACGGAAAAAACGCAAGCGAUUAGAUGAUUCUAGUUUUAUGGAUGAUGGGAGCUCAGAAACUGGAAGUGUUAUUAUGGCUGCACCACAAGCUGCUAAACGUCGCCGUGGACGUCCACCUCAUGGUUCUUCUACUGGGAGUACAUCCAGAUCAUCUAAUCAAUCAGUUUCACCAAAGUUAGCUAAAAAACUACAACGUUUAUUAGAUAUUGUAAUAGAAUACAAAGACAAAGAUCAAAGAAUUCUUAGUGAACCGUUUAUGAAAUUGCCUACAAGAAAAGAAUUGCCAGACUAUUAUGAAGUGAUUAAAAAGCCUGUAGAUUUUAAUCGUAUUCGACAGCGUGUAAAAGAUGGAAAAUACCGAUCUGUAGAUGAACUGGAAGCUGAUAUUUUACUUUUGUGUAAAAACGCUCAAACAUAUAAUAUGGAUGGAAGUCUAAUCUUUGAAGACUCAGUGGUAUUGCAGUCAGUUUGGACUAAUGCUCGAGAAAGAUUGGAAGAAAUUGAAUCACGUCAACAAUCUGAUUCUCGUCAAUCAAGUCAGUACAAUAGUUACUCUAGUCAACAUAGGCAUGUUACUAUAGACGAUGAAGAUGAUGAAGAAGAUGAACAAGACGAUGAAGAUGAGCCAAGUGAGACGUCAAAACAUGCACCUAUAUCAACAGGACCACGAUAUGUUGUCUGUAACACACCAGCUACCGAUGUAACCGGUAAUGCAGGUAGAAAUGGUCAGCAAAAUAUCCCCGAUAAUUCAAUGAAUGAGGAUAGUCUUGGAGGGUUGGAUGAUUUAGAUGAUGAGGAAGAUACUAUGGAUGAUGAUGACAGUGCCAGUCGAAGUUCUUUCAGUAGCAAAGCGAGACGCAUGUCACGUAAACCAACGUAUUGUAUAUCUCGUACAACAAACAGUUCCGUCUCUGUUAUCUCAAAAACGAAUCUUCCACCUGGAUCUCAUAAUCAUCCCCGUUCGUUAUCUGCUACUGAAUCUAGAGGAACAGUUUCUGUUGUUGAAUCCAUACGUAUCAACACAUCAACUGUAGAAUCUCUCCUACCACCAAGGAAAGCUCGCUCACAUAAACGUGUUAUGAUGGUUGAUGAUAGUGAAGAAGAGGAUGAAGAAGACUCUGAUAAUGACGCAGUCGAUGAUGAUCCUGAUGAUGAAGACUUCUAAACAAUUAUUUAUGAAAUGUUUAUUCCGUAAACCAACAUUUUCACUUCAUGAACUUACCCUUCAUUCAAUUUGGGUUUUUUUUCUUUAAGUGUUUAAAUACAUUAGGCAUGUUAUGUUGUAAUUUAUCACCUUUUCUCUCAAAAUAUAAACAUUGUUGUUGUAUGUUAAGUGGAAAUAUAGUACGUUUCGUAAUUGUUACAUUCUUAUAAUAGUUCAUUAAUAUUUUUUGUGUUGUUAGUUAUUCCUGAAGUUGGUUGUAAUGUAAAAUAAUUAUCACAAAUAGAGCUUGACGGUGAGGCUAAAUGUGGCCUACUCCUAAUAUCUACAUAGACAAUUAUUAUUUUAUUGUUCUAGUCUUACUGGAUAAAUGUUAGGAGGUUGAUUUACAACAUUUUUGAGCAGCUUAUUGCUUCAAUUAUAGUUAACCAAAGUCACCAAUCUCGCUCAAUUACUUACUCGUUUUCGUGGCUUUAACAAACGAUUAAAAUGUUCACAAGACAGUCAUCUUAUCGUGAUUUAUUGGUUUCAGAUCUUAAUAUAUACCAGCUAUAAUAAGUACGGUAGCUGCUUAGUGUUAGUUGCAUCUACUUUACCGAAGUCAGUGUUUUGAGUUCAACCCAUUUAUUUCGAAAAUGACCUCCAGCUUCUCCAACCACACUGCAUUACUUUACAUAAUCAAACAUGCUGGUCUUACUCAAAAAUAGUAAUCUUGUAAUCAAUGUACACUAGUUGGGCAAAGAUUAGUAUCAAUGUAUGGAUGACGAUCUACAUCAGCAUUUACUACAGAUACAAUUGCCUACUAUUGUUUAGACACUUGCGUAUCAGUGAUAUACAUUGAGUAACAUUUGAAUACGUUGUAUAUCAUCACACAGUAAGAUGAAACCAAUCACGUCACAAUGUACUUUGUUAAUAAAAUUUCCCAAAUGUCAUGGAGGGCAAAUCAUGGGAUUAGGCAACCUUGCCAAAUCCAAC